AUGGGCUCCACCGCAACCGACAUGGCCGCCUCCGCCGACGAGGAGGCGUGCAUGUAUGCUCUCCAGCUCGUCUCGUCGUCGAUCCUCCCGAUGACGCUCAAGAACGCCAUCGAGCUGGGCCUCCUGGAGACCCUGGUGGCCGCCGGCGGCAAGCUGCUGACCCCCGCCGAGGUGGCCGCCAAGCUCCCGUCCACGGCGAACCCCGCCGCGGCGGACAUGGUGGACCGCAUGCUCCGGCUGCUGGCCUCGUACAACGUGGUGUCGUGCACGAUGGAGGAGGGCAAGGAUGGGCGCCUGUCCCGGCGGUACGGCGCCGCGCCCGUGUGCAAGUUCCUCACCCCCAACGAGGACGGCGUCUCCAUGGCGGCGCUCGCGCUCAUGAACCAGGACAAGGUCCUCAUGGAGAGCUGGUACUACCUGAAGGACGCGGUCCUUGACGGCGGCAUCCCGUUCAACAAGGCGUACGGGAUGUCGGCGUUCGAGUACCACGGCACGGACCCGCGCUUCAACCGCGUCUUCAACGAGGGGAUGAAGAACCACUCCAUCAUCAUCACCAAGAAGCUGCUCGAGGUCUACAAGGGCUUCGAGGGCCUCGGCACCAUCGUCGACGUGGGCGGCGGCGUGGGCGCCACCGUGGGCGCCAUCGUCGCCGCGUACCCGGCCAUCAAGGGCAUCAACUUCGACCUCCCCCACGUCAUCUCCGAGGCGCCGCCGUUCCCGGGCGUCACCCACGUCGGCGGCGACAUGUUCCAGAAGGUGCCCUCGGGGGACGCCAUCCUCAUGAAGUGGAUCCUCCACGACUGGAGCGACGAGCACUGCGCGACGCUGCUCAAGAACUGCUACGACGCGCUGCCGGCGCACGGCAAGGUGGUGCUCGUGGAGUGCAUCCUGCCGGUGAACCCGGAGGCCACGCCCAAGGCGCAGGGGGUGUUCCACGUCGACAUGAUCAUGCUCGCGCACAACCCCGGCGGCAGGGAGAGGUACGAGAGGGAGUUCGAGGGCCUGGCCAAGGGCGCCGGCUUCGCCGCCAUCAAGACCACCUACAUCUACGCCAACGCAUUCGCCAUCGAGUUCACCAAGUAG